AUGGGUAAAGCUUGGGAUUUGCUAACAGAUGACAAGAAGGAGGUCUUUGGCUCCAGGGUAUUCCAACACUUUUUGAAAAUACCAUGUGGAUAUGAUGAUGAAGAGGACAAUGACAACACAUCAGGCCAGUUGACUCCGGAAGAAAUUGGUUUUUCCGAACCACUGUACCAGUCGUUGGUAAACCAUGAAAAAGUCAAAGCAUUCACUGCAAAACAACCUGAAAGCAAAGGUCAAAACACUGGCAAGCUGUACACUACUUUGAACAUGUACAACACCACUUAUUACCUUCUAUCUGCAACCCGAGCCCCUGGAAUCAACAUCCUCUGCAAAGAGUACUCCAACAAUCCUGCCUGGCUUGCACUUGCCAAAAAACAAUGGAAUUCCAAAGAAACAUUUGAAGCUUAUAGCCAUGGACGACAAAUACAGGCCAGCUUGGAAGAUAUCAAAGGUGGGCCAGCUUCAUCAAAGCCACUCCGAGAGGGAGAUACCUUGAAAAAGAAACUCAGGGCUGCACUCAAUUGA